CGCGUCCCCAGCGUCCUGACCUCUCCGUCUUUGCAGCGCAGUGCGAUCCGGAGCACGCCGGAGGUGAGCGGAGUGACAGCCUGGGCAUCGGUCCCCAUCCAAGGUCCUCAGAAGCCAUGCCAAAGCCCCACAGCGAAGCCGGGACCGCCUUCAUCCAGACCCAACAGCUGCACGCAGCCAUGGCCGACACAUUUCUGGAGCACAUGUGCCGCCUGGACAUCGACUCGCCACCCAUCACGGCCCGGAACACAGGCAUCAUCUGUACCAUCGGCCCGGCCUCCCGCUCGGUGGAGACACUGAAGGAGAUGAUUAAAUCUGGAAUGAACGUGGCUCGACUGAACUUCUCUCACGGAACUCAUGAGUACCACGCAGAGACCAUCAAGAAUGUGCGCACAGCCACAGAGAGCUUUGCUUCUGACCCCAUCCUCUACCGGCCAGUUGCUGUGGCUCUGGAUACGAAAGGGCCUGAGAUUCGAACUGGGCUCAUCAAGGGCAGCGGCACAGCAGAGGUGGAGCUGAAGAAGGGAGCCACACUCAAGAUCACUCUGGACAACGCCUACAUGGAAAAGUGUGAUGAGAACAUCCUGUGGCUGGACUAUAGGCCCUGCUGCUUGUCUCUUGCCUUUGAGUUGCACUGGGCCCUCAUUGCUUUGCCUCUCCUCCCCACUCCACUUCAUACAGGUGCUGACUUCCUGGUGACAGAAGUGGAAAAUGGUGGCUCCUUGGGCAGCAAGAAGGGUGUGAACCUUCCUGGGGCUGCUGUGGACCUCCCAGCUGUGUCAGAAAAGGACAUCCAGGAUCUGAAGUUCGGGGUGGAGCAGGACGUAGACAUGGUGUUUGCAUCCUUCAUCCGCAAAGCGGCUGAUGUCCAUGAGGUUAGGAAGGUCCUGGGAGAGAAAGGAAAGAACAUCAAGAUUAUCAGCAAAAUUGAGAAUCAUGAAGGAGUUCGGAGGUUUGAUGAGAUCCUGGAGGCCAGCGAUGGGAUCAUGGUGGCUCGGGGUGAUCUAGGCAUUGAGAUUCCUGCAGAGAAGGUCUUCCUUGCUCAGAAGAUGAUGAUAGGACGCUGCAACCGGGCUGGGAAGCCUGUCAUCUGUGCCACGCAGAUGCUGGAGAGCAUGAUCAAGAAGCCCCGCCCCACCCGAGCCGAGGGCAGUGAUGUGGCAAAUGCUGUCCUCGACGGAGCCGACUGCAUCAUGCUGUCUGGAGAGACGGCCAAAGGGGACUACCCCCUGGAGGCUGUCCGCAUGCAGCACCUGAUUGCCCGUGAGGCAGAGGCUGCUAUCUACCACUUGCAAUUAUUUGAGGAACUCCGCCGCCUAGCACCCAUUACCAGUGACCCCACAGAAGCCGCCGCCGUGGGCGCCGUGGAGGCCUCCUUCAAGUGCUGCAGUGGGGCCAUUAUCGUCCUCACCAAGUCUGGCAGGUCUGCUCAUCAGGUGGCCAGGUACCGCCCACGUGCUCCCAUCAUUGCUGUGACACGCAAUCCCCAGACCGCUCGCCAGGCCCACCUGUACCGUGGCAUCUUCCCUGUGUUGUGUAAGGACCCAGUCCAGGAGGCCUGGGCUGAGGACGUGGACCUCCGGGUGAACUUGGCCAUGAAUGUUGGUAAGGCUCGAGGUUUCUUCAAGUCAGGAGAUGUGGUCAUUGUGCUGACUGGCUGGCGCCCUGGCUCCGGCUUCACCAACACCAUGCGUGUUGUCCCUGUGCCAUGAUGGCCCCCAGAACCUCUCCUCCACAGCCCCAUCCCAUCCCCUUUCCCCAACCCAACCAUUCAGCCAGCAACGCUUGUAGUGCUCGCUCUGGGCUGCAGGGUCGCACCGGUAGGCUGGGACCCCAGAGAAGAUCAGUGUCUCUUUGAACAUGCCUGGCUUUUAGACCCUGCUUGAGGGGGCUCACCCAGAGCCUAGCUGCCCAUCAUGUGGGCCUACCUAGGCAAGGGACAAAGUUGUUGAUCGCAAGAGGGCGACAGCGACUCCUUGGUGCCUUUGUUCAGUUCUGUAGAAAGGAUACUCCCAGCCCUAGCCCGGAGUCAGGAGGCCACAGCAAGAGCAGGGCUUAAGAGCCUGGGACGGGACAGUGAUUUCCAGUGUAGACAGACCCUGGCCCUUACUUGCUUCCCUAGCCCUCUUGGCCUCCCCACUCCACCUUGUGCACUGUGCUCUUGUUCUGCACUCAACUGUCGCCGCAGACAAACACUCCACCCUCCACCUUGGCUUCCCCAGGACUGCAGGUCUGCACGCCUGUUGCUAUAGAGCCUACCAGUAUGUCAAUAAACAGAGCUAAAGCACCUGUUUCCUCUCUUUUC